AUGUCCACUCCUGUGUCUACAGCUGCUGAUACAGAGCCAAAGAUAAAAACAAGUAGCACCUGUCAAGUGUGUGAAGAUCAUGCAUCAAUCAAUAAUUAUGGAGCAUUAACUUGUUUAUCAUGUCGUACAUUUUUUCGUCGUAAUGGAUUUAAUAAUAAAAAAAUUGCUGUAUGCCAAUUUGAUGGUCAUUGUGCCAUGACUGUAGUGACACGAAAACUUUGUACUGCAUGUCGUCUCAAUAAAUGUUUAGCUGUAGGCAUGAGUCCUGAACUGAUUCGAAAAGAAGACUUAAGUAACAGAAAGCGCAAAACUUCUAAAUCAUGUAGUCAAGAACGUCUUCAAUGCCAAACACUGAUGACUACGCCACAACAAUCGGCAUUAAAUCAGCCACCCGGUGGUUCAAGUUCAAUUUUAAAUAGCUCAGAAUUGAUUGUAAUUUCAAAUGUUGUACAUGCCUUUGAUACAUUUAGUCCAGUAAUACAAGUUCGUCGUACUAUUGAUUUGAUAACAACAUCAGCAUCGAAUCUCUCCUUUGAUUUACCUCAAUCAUUACAAAUGAUACAAUCAUUUAUAAGUUCAUUACAAUCAUUUAUUAGUUCGACGCCUGAUUUCAAAGUGCUAACAACAUCUGAACAAUGGUCUCUAUUUCGACGUAAUAUGCUCGGUCUUCUAUCUAUUGGUGGAAUCUAUUUUAUGCGUGAAUCAGGUAUAUUUGAUAAGCCUGAACAUGAAAUGGCUAUCCUACCUCUAUAUGGAAAUGACGUUGUACAACAAGUAAAAGCAAUGAGUGGGCAAUUUCAAUGUGAUCCAACAAUUGUUAAACUCGUUCUUAUUGUACUGGCAUUUUCUUCGAAUUGUUUUACGAAAGAAAGUGGACGAAAUUUUGAUAAAGAUAGUUUAUUAUUAGGUACAUAUCGUUUAUUUGGAAGUCAAAAUGUUUAUGUUGAACUUAUAUGGAAAUAUUUAAUUCAUCGAUAUGGUUAUGAGGAAUCAGUGAAAAACUUUUCUUCGUUAAUUAAACAUCUGCUUGAUGCACUUAAAUUGUCAAUUGAAAUUUAUGAAAAUAAUGAAGUAUUUCAAACAUUUAUUGACGACAAAGCUGCACAUAUGGAAAAAUCUCCAAAAAAUAGCGACAGCGUAAUCGUUCCAUUGUGGGGGAAAAGCUGA